CGCCAUUCAGUCUCGUCUGUGAUACAGCCACGGGUGGCGUUCAUUAAUUUCAACGAGUACGUAUUAAUUGACACUCAAAGUAAACGAAAACAAUUUUCAAGCAUUCCAUUGCAAUAGGCAAAAUAUUUGCAAGAGACGCUUCGGCAGUUCUAAAUAAAAAUAACCAUAGAUGCUUAUGCAAAACAAAUAAGUGUGAUUAUGUAUGUAGUUGUAUAUUUCCUAGAUAUAAUUACAUAUAUACAUAUGUAUGUAUAUGUACUGCAAGUGAAUUGAUGAAUUUCUAAAGAAUUUUAAUUUGAAAAAAAAGUGCGCUAGUAAAAUUACGCUAUUGUAACGUGAAAAUUGCAAUAAAACAAAAUUAACAUUGUAACUUUAAAGAAUACGAGUAUGCAUUAUCCUCACCGGCUGGUAAAUCACGCGAAAAAAUACAACAGCGACGGCAAUGAAAAUGAAUGAAAAUGCAGCUGAGAAUAUGACACAUUCGGUGAGGAAUGGAAUGGAGACUUCUAGCAACAAAAAUACUGACACAAAUAAAUGCAAUUCCACGCCAACAAAGUCAUCGCAUAAUAUUGGAGAUUUGCGGCGUGUACUAAAACUAACCUCUGAUUGUCUUGUAGCAGACGACGACAGUUCAUCGGAAAAUUCUAAUGAAGCCAGAUCUUCAACUGCGCCGUUCUCUGCAACAGGUGUAAACUCAAAACAACAACUUGUAAAAAACGCAAUUUCGAUUUGUUGGCAGAAAUCUCUGCAGUGCGUCGCAAACAAUGGCAAACCAGGCAGUCCUUCGGCCAAAUACUUUAACUGGUCAUAUCGGUUGCUACGUCGCAAGCAAUUGAUAAUUUUAUUAAUUUUUUUGGUCUUCGUAUUCUAUUUGAGUAGUUCGAUACGCGCCAGCAACUAUGCAGAUGAGCGCAUACCCGUGCUGCACUACUCACAUGUGCCGGGUAUGAAGGUGACCACAGAAUCAGUAAACAAACAAAGGCUGUUUUCGAAUGGCGAGAGUGAUGUGAAACCAUUACUGACACCGCCAGCCGAUACUGAACUACCAUUGCCACCAUCUACACCGUCGCCAGUUGACCAAACAACAAACACCAAAGAAUCUCUAAUUGAUUCAAACUUUGAAAAUCCACUAACUAAUGACACAAAUACAAUCAUACGACCACCCACAGGUUAUCUUGUUUGGAGUGAUUUGUGCCGAAUACCUGACGUGGAUGUGCAUGCACCGGAUAUAAUGCAACACUUCAAGCGUGAAAAAUACAAACCGUGCUCGAACAAGAAACCCCUAACAACAGUCGUCUUUAAUUUGACUUCACAGGAGUACGUGCUGCAAGUCGAGGAGAGUGAAAUAAAAUCAUUCAGCAAAUCGGGCCGGAUAAAUUGCUGCUAUCAGACUAUAAUACGCAAUGGGACCGGUGCAAAGGCAGACGAAGACUAUAGACUUGGAAAAUGUGUUCCUUUUAAAAGAAAAGUCUCUCUACCGCCUUCGAUCCAUAGCAUUUUAGUGCAGUGUGAUUCCAAAAAGCGAAAUGUCUAUAAAAAUGGGCAUCCUUUGAUCAACGAACAACCAGACGUACGAGAACGUUUGAAAACAUGGAAAGAGAAGGAUGCUAAGCGAGGACGCACGAAACCGCCCAGCGUUCUAAUGAUCGGCAUUGACAGUAUAUCUCGUGUAAAUUUGAUACGAGCCAUGCCGAAGACAGCGCAACAUUUAUACGACAAUGAAUGGUUCGAGUUGAGUGGCUAUAAUAAGAUAGAUGACAAUACAUUUCCGAAUUUUAUGGCCUUACUUGCUGGUUACAAUAAAUACAAUACCGUGGAGAAAUGCCCUCCAAGGGUCUUGGGUGCCUUAGACAAUUGCAGCAUUAUCUGGAAUGCUUUCCGCGAGCAUGGCUAUGUCACGGGCUAUGGCGAAGAUGCUGCAGAAAUCAGUACAUUCAACUAUUAUAAAGUGGGUUUCGUGAAACCACCCGUUGAUUACUAUUUACGUCCAUUCCAACUCGCUGCAGAACAUCAUUUAUAUAAAACUUUAAAAUCAGGUCUCACCUUCUGUCUUGGCUAUCAGCAAUCAGCACAAUUUGUGCUGGAUUACGCCAUUGAAUUCGCAACACGUUUCAAAGACGAUCCGCUGUUUGGUUUAUUUUGGGCGAAUUCCUUUAGUCACAACAACCUGAGUGAUUCCUCAUCGAUGGAUAUUGUCGUGCUUAAUUAUUUGGAGCGCUUGGCAAAGUUGGGCAUACUCGAUCGCAUGAUAGUCGUUUUCUUCAGCGAUCACGGUCUUCGUUUUGGACCCGCCCGUACAACAGCUUCCGGUCAUAUGGAAGAACGUCUACCAUUCAUCUUUAUAUGGUUACCGCCGUAUCUGAAGCAAAAAUAUCCAAGUUUUGUGAAUGCUUUGAGUGUGAAUAAAAAUCGUCUCACCACACCAUAUGAUCUGCAUAUGACACUCAAGCAUUUCCUUAAUUUGUCUCAGCGUAUCGACGAAAACGACAAGGGAAGAGUCCUAAGUGCGGCUGAGGGUUGUAAGAGUUGUCAAACGCUUUUGGCGCCGGUACCUUUGGAUCGCUCUUGUAACGACGCGGCCAUCGAAGAGCACUGGUGCACUUGUAUUCCCUAUACCAAAGUAAAUAAAAAAUCGAAUAUCGUACAAAAACUGGGUAACCUAACGGUUAACUAUAUAAAUGAACUCGUGCGCAACUUCCGCAACGGCACAUUGACUUCGCUCUGCCGCACUUUGCACCUCGGCAAUGUGAUAAGUGCGCAUCGCUCAAAUGAGGCUUUUCGACCAAAAGACAUAAAUGGCACAGCACUGGAUGUUUAUCGGCUUCAUUUAGUUACAAAACCGAAUAGUGCAGACUUUGAGGUAACUCUGCGGUAUAAUCCAGAUACUGAGAGUAUUCAGUUUACAGGCGAGAUAAGUCGCUUGAAUUCGUAUUUCAAAGAUUCGCAUUGUGUGUUGGAUAGUUUCGUUAAGAAGUACUGCUCCUGCGCAUAGCACAAAGCGCUCACCACAGCGCCGAAAAAUAGCACACCGAGCAAAGCGAAGUGAUUAUUGUGGACCGCCUUCCAGCGUGGGAGGUGAAAACCGUUUUAAGUUUCAUUUUAUUCAAAAAUUCAAGCCUCAGCUAGCAAUUUAAUUUAGCAAAUGAAUGACAAUUUUUGUAUUAAGUACAUGAAAAUGUAUGUGUGUGUGUACAUCUAUGUAGGGAAAUGUAUAUACGAAUAUAUGAUAUAGAGUAGAAAUCUUAAGUGCAUACAUACAUACAUGUGUACAUAUGUAUGUGCUAAAUUAUUAAAAUUAAACAAUAAAUACAUACGCUUGCCAAAAUUACUCUUAACAAACAAACGCGACAAUGUUUUAAACGAAACAAUAUACAUGCACGCAUACAUACAUAUACAAUAAAUAUAUAUAUAACAUUUAGUAUUUACGAUUAAAAUAAAUAUAUCAAUGGAAAUGCUUUAGCGGUAUGUAUGCUAUCCGUAGAUUUAUGUAUGUAUGUAAACUUUUACAAAUGCUAAAAUACUGUGAUUUGUAGUCAAUACUUUAAAUUAAGAUAAUAAAUAAUUAU